GUUGCCUCUGGAAACUGGCAGCUCAGGCCUUUAAACCGAAUCAAAUCAACACAUAACUGUGUCUGGAAAGUGUGCUUGGCUCGAGGUUAAGGAUGAUAAAUCAGGGGGGUUGUUAAUUCACUGUGUAUUCCAUCAGUUCAAUGCCAAAGAGACGCCAAAAUACAGGUUCAUGUGUGCUGCACUACAUUUGACUCGGUGUUGGGGUUUUAUAGCGUGUACUUGGCAUCAAAGCAUUGCUGUGCUUGUCCAUUCAUUCUAAAGGAAAUAUUCUCUCUGCGUUCAUGCUAACAGAAAUAAUAUAAAGCUAUGUGGCUGCACUGUAUAGAGAUCUGGUACCGUCAGCAGCGUAAGGCCAAAUUUGAAGUUAUCAAACUCUGAGCAGUGACAGCUGAUGUAGCUACUCAUUCUGAAUGGAAAACUUUGUUCUUGUUGUGACAACGAGGCAGCGGUGCAGGGGACCAGGCUGCAGCAUGCUACCCACAGCAGUCUCCGUGGCAACUGUAUGCAUGGCUGAAGAGUGAUAUUGCGUCUCCACACUGUGAUGAGCAGAAAGAGUGAAAAGAGAAAGGACGGAGAGGGGGAUCUUGGUUUCAUGGUUUGCGGGGGGAGCGAGCUAGCGUUACAUGAGAGUGAAUCGGAGUGAUGACAUUGUUUCUAAGUGCCAGCUGAGUGCACCUAUACACCUACCCCCAUGGAGGAAGGGCUAAUGACCUGCCCAACCAUCCACUGAUGAAGCAUUUGGACAAAGGGGCAAACGAGCAGACAGAGUAAACCCUAUCCAGGGUAGAUCCUCCUCUGUUGUUGACACUUUGACAAGCAUUAUAGGUCUCAGGUUUCCUGAUUGCUUUGGAGGAAAUUGGGGAUUGAUCCUAGAUCAGGCAGGGUUCUGGGCUUCUAAAGUCACCUGGGGCUUUGGUGAUGCUGGAUCAAGACGAAGCACAGAUAUCUAACAAAAAAGAAACAGACAAUAGACCACCAAGAACAGCUUGAAUGAAGGAAUCACUUGCGCCUCUGAAUCUAAUCUGAUGACUGAAUUUCCUGAAGCCUGCCUCACUUUUAGCUGAAAAGGGACAUUACCUGUGUCAAGAACCGCUACCAUUGCUGGACUCCUGAAGUAACUAUCACUUCUGCAAAGAGUAAGAUGGAGAAAAAAUACCCAGUAAUUGCUGGACGAGAAAAAGGGCCUGGACCUGGUCGCUAUGGGCUUCCUCCCACUAUUGGAUUUAUUGGCCAUGACUUCACAAAGUCAGCUAGCCCUGCCUACUCUUUCCAUGGAAGGAUGACUGAUAAUAUGUAUAGUGUUGACUCCAGCCCAGGGCCUCAGUAUCAUAUUGAUGCAAGAAUCACUCGAUUUGGAAAGGAUGGCACACCUGCAUACUCAAUGCUGGGUAAAGUCAAAGCCCAGAAGGAGCUUUUCCACACACCCGGACCCGGUGCAUACAGCCCUGAGAGAGCCCCACCGUGCAACCUGCAGCGCAGACCUCCAUCCUACACCAUGGGCUCUCGCACACACUACCGCAGUGUUGACUCAGUCCCAGCUCCAAACAAGUACUCUCUACCGCCACUUAUGGGCACUCAAGUCCCAAACAAGACAUCCAGUGCAAGUUACACAAUAUCAGGCUGUCUCAGCAUAGGGGGACCAUCUGAGGAUUUAGCCAAGACUCCUGCGCCUUGCAGAUACAAUAGUACAGACCCAAAUGUUUAUCUGCUCCGACGGCCAGCGUUUUCCAUGUUGGGACGUCACAGUUUACCCAGAGAUGGCACCAAGAAACCAGGUCCAGGAACAUAUAAUCCAGAGAAAGUUACAGUCCACAAGGCCCAGGCACCAGCCUACUCCCUGGGUAUCAGACACUCAGAAUUUGUUACUCCACUUAUUGUCAAUAUUUCUGACUAAACAACAAUCAUCUGAGAGAAAAUUACAUAAUUCUUCAAUUAAAUAAAAAGAAAAGAAGCAAGUAUUAAGGAAUUAGCAUAUUUUAUUUGUCCAGUAUCAAAGAACUUGACAAAUCAACCACAACGGAGAGCCAAAUGUAUAUCAAGAAAUAACAUAUGCACAUAAAAUACAUACGUUUAAGGAAUUAUCAAGAACUGUUCUAACAAAAAUGUUAGGGAGUUCAUGGGUUUGAGCACAAUAAAAAUCAUAUGCUCAUAUGGCCAUUAAGUAAACAGAUCAGUCUUGACAACAUUACAUCUAAAGAUAAAAAAAAAAAAUGUUAAAGUGUACAAUUGACAGGCAAACUUUCACCUUCAAAUUGUUUAAAGUUAUCAUUCACAGUGAAAACAAGACAUUUUUGUCUUCAUAACCUCUAAAAACUGAGGAAAUCUGAGUGAA